AUUGAUGAAUUAACAAUAACUCCAGUUGGGGGUAAAAGGCUAUAAAAAUACAAAUUAAACGAAACAACUUUAAUACCUAAAUAGAAACAUAUGGCACUGUUAUUCAAGAUCUGGACGCUGAGCUGAAGGUGGAUGAAGCUAAUCCGAGGAGGCUAGUACCGAACUGGAGUAUCGCCCUCAUGAUGUCCAUCUUCAAAGUCCAAAGAGGAGAUGGCGGUGCGGAUGAAGUUGGCUGAAAAUAAAAAAUAUAUUAUUGUCUAUGAUGUAAGCUAUAUGUUUGGGCAGGGAUAUUCAUUAAAAUAAUAUUACGA